UUCUUCAGAGCGGGAACUGCCAUUGGUUGAUUCCCGAAUCUGUCAACAGGCCGACUGUGUUGCAUGAAUUCACCUCUUCAGCAAGAAUCACAAGUUAGUGUGCGAGAAAGCGCUGGUUAGGAUGAUGCCCUUCUGCUGUACUGGAUGAACAGGGCAGCAAACUGUGUCAUCAUAACGUUGCUCUUCAGGACCAGGAACAAAUGGCGUAAAAUGAAAAAGAGGGACCAGUGAGAAGAAGUACCUUUGCUCUGCUCUGUCUUCUUGUCCAGUCCAGUCCAGUCGCACCUGAUCUGAGCAUCGGGUCCGCAGCAGCACUACAGGGGUGGUGGUGGGCAGGGCCGAGCCAGCCAAGAUGUCCAUGAGACGGGGGGAGGGCAUGUCCAUCAUGCAGGCCCUGGCCAUGACGGUGGCCGAGAUCCCCGUCUUCCUCUACUCAACCUUUGGGCAGUCCAUCUUCUCCCAGCUGCGUCUCUCUCCGAGCCUGAAGAAGGUGCUGUUUGCCACGGCGCUGGGCAGCGUGGCCCUGGCUCUCACGGCGCACCACCUGAAGCGGCGCGGCCGCAAGCGGAAGCAGCUGGGCGCCAAGGAGGGCCAGAAGUCCGUCACCAUACCGGAGCUGCUCGGGCGCCCCGGACGCUCCGCCUCGCUCAAGAGAGGGGUUUUGCCUGGCCGACAAGUCAUGAGCCCGAGCACACGUAGCCAGGACGCCGUCAGCAGCAUCUCUUCUCUGGCACCAAGCAAGCAUUCCAGUUCCUCACACAGCAUCGCCUCAAUGCGGGUGCCCGCCUCCCCAAACCUCUCGCCCAGUCAGUCCAUGCCUCUGGACGUGGCAGCUCUAACGGAAGAACCAGGAGUAGUGGAGGAUGUCAACGCUGAGAAUCUUUACCUCAUGGGCAUGGAGUUGUUUGAGGAGGCUCUGCAUAAAUGGGAGUUGGCCUUGAACAUCCGGCAUCGUUCGCGCUCAAGGAAUGACUCUAGUUGCAGUAGUAGCCUGGCCCUCCAGGGCGCAGCAGCGAGUCUUCUUCUACCCACAGCUGAGGGGCGCAACACCCAGUUUGCCCAGAAGCUGGAGACCCUGCUGCAUCGGGCCUACAACCUGCAGGAGGACUUCGGCAGCACCAUCCCUCCCGACAGCCUGCUCGCAGACCUCGACAGUGAAGGAACACUGAUUUUGCCAAACCUUGAGAACUCCAGUCGGUUACACGAUGACGACGCUACAACAAUCGCCUCAGAUGAAUCUUUCUUCUCUGCCGCUGAGUGGUUUGAUUCCCUGGAGGAGUGUGUGUACCAGCCCCUGCGGCCAGCUGCUCUGUACGAGGAGGCGUUGGCUCAGGUGCGCGACGGCAAGGUGAUCUGCAGGUCCCUCAGGACAGAGCUGCUGGAGUGUUACAGUGACCACGACUUUCUGGCCAAACUGCACUGUAUCAGGCAGGCGUUUGAUGUUCUCCUCAUUGACGAGACUCAUCGGACAUUCUUUGUAGAGACGGGGAAACAGAUGAUCUCUGGACUCAUGGCCAAAGCCAACAAGAGUCCGAAGGCCUUCCUGGAGAGCUACGAGGAGAUGCUACUUUAUACCAAGAGGGAGGAGACCUGGCCAACUACCAAGAUGGAGUUAGAAGGGAGAGGGGUGGUGUGUAUGAACUUCUUCGACAUAGUCUUGGAUUUUAUUUUAAUGGAUGCCUUUGAGGACCUGGAAAGCCCCCCCUCAUCCGUAGUUGCUGUUCUGAGGAACCGCUGGCUAUCUGAUAGCUUCAAAGAAACUGCGUUGGCUACUGCUUGUUGGUCUGUGCUGAAGGCUAAGAGGCGUUUACUAAUGGUGCCCGAUGGCUUCAUCUCCCAUUUCUACUCCAUCUCGGAGCAUGUGAGUCCAGUUCUGGCGUUCGGUUUCCUGGGGCCCAGGCAGCACCUGACUGAGGUGUGCGUCAUUUUCAAGCAACAAGUCCUGCAGUACCUCAAAGACAUGUAUGACCAUGACAAAGUGCGGUUCGGAUCCAGCGCGACCUUGGCAGAGGACAUCCUGAGGCUCUCGCACCGCCGCAGUGACAUCCUGCUCGGCUACCUGGGCAUAGACAGCUUGACCAGCGCGUCCAACGGCGCGUUGCCGAGCAACGGUACGCACAUCGACAGCUCCACGCUGGAGGACAAAGGCCAAGACAAAGACACGGUGAUCUCUGAUUCCGCGGGCGACAUGAACUGAUGAAUUCCGGGGCAUUAAAGCAGCACGCCACAGACUGGACUUUGUGGAGAAUAAUACUGUACCUCCUACCCUUGAAAUACACUGGGCCCUUGUAGCCAGCUCUGCAGACCCUUCGUUCACACUGGCCCCCUCUGCUGAUGGUUGACUAUAGGCAGGGCCAUGGACGGUUUAGGCCGGCCUGGAUUAAGUCAUCUGAAAGGUCCCUCCUCUCCAUACAUGCAUAGUAAUGAGGACUGACCCCUUUGUGCCCCCCUUUGCCCGGCCCCUCUGACGAUGGACGUUUCUGAUGCAUGGGGGAGUUGUCUUUCAUGUUUUUUCCCCUGCCAAUCUUAUUGGCUAACAGAUCCGUCGCAGCCUGAGUAGUUGAACAUUUCUGAAUAUUUUGGUGGAGGCAAUGGAGCCGACGUAACGAACGAACGAACCAACCCACAAAGCACUUCGAGAUCGUCCCAUGCAAAGUCAUUGAGAUCCAUCGGUGGACUGAGCUGUAUGAACGAAGGGUUACUAGAGUUGUGAAAACAGAACUACUGUAUCAGACGCCUGCUCUCCACUGCAACCUGGAUCAUCCUGCCCGGCAAAACAACCCAAUAACGUUUAGCUGUUAAGUGGACCUUCUUAACCAAUCCCUAGAGACUACAGAUGAAGACUAUCCUUAGCAAACCAACCAGGAUCUGUUAAACCAGCUGUGUCUGGACAAUCUGUCCAGAUCUGCAGAAGUGGAGAUGAUUCCCUCUUAAAAACUGACUCCUUUUAUUGUUCCGUUAGCAGGAAGUGAUACCUGAGAAGAAUGGUCUAACCUAAUGCACUGAUAACUCAUCUGAUCCGAUCUCUCUCCUUCGCCUACGCAGAAACCGCGCUCACGGUCGGUCACACUCGGCUACACACUUUGGGAUGUGUGUCGACGUGUGCAAACGACCCGGUGUGUUCCAUCUGUGGGCCUCAAAGUGUGUGUCAAAAAUGUAUGUCUUAAAUACGAGUUUUAAUAAUCCCCAUUUAGUAUUUGUGUGUGAGAGUGAGUGUGUGAAUGCAUGAAUUUAGUUUGUUUUGAUUGUAUCUCUGCAUAUAUUAUCCUCGUGUGAGGGUGUGAAGAAAGAGCCGUGUUAAGGUUGGUUAGUUACCACAUACUGAGUUGUGGCCAAAUUGGCGAUUAUAGGUAUCCUUAUCAAUACCUGAGUUUUGGUUAUUUAUUCCAUGACGUUGAUGGCACUGCGUUCUUGGCGCUCUCUCUCUCUCUCUCUCUCUCUCUCUCUCUCUCUCUCUCUCUCUCUCUCUCUCACUAUCUAUCUCUCACGCUCCCUCUCUCUCUUUCUCAUCCUCUACCUCUCACUCUCUCACUCUCAUUCUUUAUCUACAUAUUUUUGUUAAAUGAAAGGGACAUUUUUUAUCUCGGAGUGAAGAUUGAAUUGCAGUGUGUGAGGGAAGUGUGAAGCUAUGGUUAAUGAGAAGUGAUCACUCAUCACACAUGAUCUCUCACAUCACAUCUCCUGGUCUCACCAAAGCGUAUCGGGAUGAGGGCGUGGAUUGUUGCCGACGGGAGCAUUGAUAAGGUGUGUGUGUAUGUGAGUUUGUUUCCUUCUUCAAAUGUAAAACUGCUCACUUAGGCAAUCAUAUCGCAUUGACAACUCUACACAGGAGCUUAAAACAGGGUUUCGUUUACUGUUACUCCCAAUCGUUCCUUCCUAAAAUACUUGUUUAACCUUUUAAGGCCUUCAUAUUUGUCCUGCUAUUGUGUUGUUUUUUUUGUCCACCUUUUCUGAAACACGCACACUUUCAACCCAGUCAACCACAUUCUCUUAGUUUUUGACCCACCUACGCACAUACAGAUACGCUCACGAGCACACAUUGAAACUUCCUCAUACGCCCACCUCUUGUCACAUUUGAACAUUGCGGUUGAAACAUCUACACUAUAGAGGCACUGUAUGUAUUCAUGGUGUUGCAUAGUAACACGUAUACACAGACACACAAAACGCACCCUUUUUCACUCUAAAGGGUUGUUGUGAAGGCCUUGGUUUGACUUGGCAAUAAGUGUGUCACUUCUAAAGUCGGCUGCUGCCAUUGUGACAUCAGUAAGGUUGUGGUAAAUAGUGGCAUUAUCUGAACGUCUUAACGCAUAAACUUUUCCCAAAAUGCCUUUUAGAAACUGUAUGUUCUUUUUUUUUCUUUACGCUGACACCCAACUGUUUUUUGCCUCUGCUCCUUUUCGCACCUUUUUGCACUAAGUAGAAAUGCCACAAAAUGUUGGUAUUUUCUGCCUUUUGUUGUAUACGAGUUUAUUUUCUUAAACAAAAACAUAUAUUAUUUAUGUUUGACAUUCUCAGGCAUAGGGAAGCCUGAUAAAAUGGAGAUGGUUUACCAAGUUCAUGACUGCACCCAGUGUGUGUCAUAUGGUAUAUUGAAGCAAUUCCACAUGAAGAGUUUGUCAUGGAAGUUGAGGACAUGAGUAUGAGAUAUUGAUCCUGCGUUUUUACCACCACUGUGUCUGAGUGCAAAACUGAACUCCCUGUAAACCUUAAACUAUGUAAAUCUGCCCUUAAGUGAUGGGGAAACCUGCAUCCCGUAGUUAAAAUUCAUUGCAACAUCCUUCAAAUGACCGGGUUUUACCUGUCCAUGUCAACCAGUUUGAAUGAUCAACUGGACAUGUAAAACCAGGUCAUUUGGAAUAUGUGGCACUCACUGGACUAUAUAAUUAAUGAAUUCAGGUUGCCCAUCACUGAAACUAAAUAAAAUGGACCUCAAAGUAACCUGCCCCUGUUUUUGUAAGCUUCGUUUCAGAGAUUGCCCUGUCACAAACUCAAACAAAAGGGACAUCGACAAUUUUCCCAUUAGCUACGAACCAGCUAUAAUUUCAUAGUAAAGCCAAGUAAGAAGGCUUGAAUUGGUCAUUGAUAUCACCUCUCGGAACGCUUUAAAUCCACUAGGUAUUUUCCAUACAGGCAAAUCAUUCAGAAGGCUUGGAGAGAGAUCAUCCGAAUGUAAACAUUUUCAUGUAUGAAUGCACAAUGGUUGCUCUUGAUGAAAAGGAUGUGCAGUUUUCCCCUCCCAAAUCUGUGUAUACUUGUAGAAGGAUCAUGUAAAUGCCUUUGUUGUAUACCUUUUUGUUUUCCCAGCAAUGCCAGGACAAAAAUAUUGACAUUAUUUUCAUGAAAUGAUAUUUUGUUGUUUUCAUAAUGAAAUCUAAUUGUAUAUAUAUAUACUCAUGCCUUCUCCCAAACAU